AUGGCGAGCGUCAUCACCAAGCGUCAGCAGGCCCGCAACGAGCGCGCUCUCCAGGACCUCAUUCGCUCCGUCCCCGGCAACGACCGCUGUGCAGACUGCGCCGCCAAAAACCCCGGGUGGGCAUCAUGGAAUCUCGGCGUCUUCCUGUGUAUGCGCUGUGCGGCGCUGCACCGGAAGCUGGGCACGCACGUGUCCAAGGUCAAGUCGCUGUCCAUGGACAGCUGGAGCACAGAACAGGUGGAUGGCAUGAAGAAGGUGGGAAACAUCGCGAGCAACAAGAUUUACAACCCGCAGAAUGUGAGGCCCGACAUCCCCGUGGAUGCGGACGAGGUGGACGGUGCCGUGGAGCGAUACAUCCGACAGAAGUACGACCUGCGGACGCUGUCCAAGGGCAAUGCACCUGCUGCCAGACAGAACACGGGCAGCACUGGCACCGAUAUGGGCUCCUGGAGCGAAGAGCCGCCCGACCUCCCCCCGAAGCCCACCAAGAAGUUUGGCUUCUCGUUGCGAUCCUCCAGCUCGACCUUUCCGCGACAGAAAUCCGAUCGAUUCACUCCUCCAUUGUCUCCUGCGUACACCGGAAGCGACAGAUCUGCAGAGCGAGACCUCCCGAGCCCGAAGAGAGACAACAAGCCGAGUCGUCUGUUUGGCAUGAAAAUCACAACGGUGGACAACAAUUUCAAUGCGAAGCUCACGCACCUGCGCGACAUGGGCUUCGGCGACAAUUCGCGAAACGCGGAAAUGCUCAAGAGCAUGAAUGGAAACUUGGACAAGACGGUGGAGGAGCUGAUACGACUUGGCGAGAACAGUAGGCCUCUCACGCGGACCGUAACCCCUGCACCGAGAGCGCUCACACCGGUGUCGAUGAAGAGCUCGGGGAUCAACGGCAUUUCCAUGGAGAAGAGAAUGCAGGAUCCGUGGGAUAUCCGGGAAGAGACAAAGGUCCCUCCUCCGCGAUCGUCAUCUGUCCCUCCAACCGCGGCACCUGCGUCAAGUUCAUGGAACCCGUUCCUGUCCUCUCAGCCGGCACCACCGCAGCAAACGUUGGAGAACAGCUUCCAGAACCUGUCAGUGUCGGCAACAAGCUCGUCAGGACCUCACACCUUGAGCAAUCAGCAGGCAUACUAUCAGAACACCACAAUUCAGCAGCCGUCGAAUCCUUGGCAAGCCCCCCAGCCUUUCCAGCAACCUACUCCACAGCAAGGGUACGGACAGCAAUACCAGCAGGCGCCCAGCCUACAGGCCAGCCUGUCGAGCAAUCCCUUCAUGCAGCAGCCUGCUCAAGUGCAGUCACUCUCCCCCUCCAAUCCGUGGGCGCAGCAAGCACCACAACAACAAGCGGCACCUGCGCCGCAGCAGCAGGGCAAUCCGUUCGGUGCGCCUUGGCAGCAGCAGACGCAGUCGUCGACGUUAUCUCAGCAACCCUUCGCUGCGUCUCCUCAGCCGAUCUACGGGCAGCAACCGGAUUUCUUCUCUGCUGCGCCGCAACAGCCUUCACAGCAGCCUCAGCAGCAGCAGUCCCCAUUCGAAGCUCAGCAAACGCAGCAGUACUCCGCUGGUAACGUCCAGAAUCCAUGGCAACAACAACAACAACAACAGCAGCAGCCUAUGCAGACCCAGCCCACCGGGAUGCCUCAGCAGCAAUAUCAAAUCCAGCCGCAGCAACAGCAGACGCAGUAUGGACAAUUCGGCCAGCAGUUGGCGCCCGGACAGCAAGCACAACAUCCUUCGAGACACGACAAGUCGUCAAUCUUGGCACUAUACGGUUACCCUCAGCUGGCGCCGCAGAGGCCACUGCAGACCCUACCGGAAGACGGGACCAUGCCUCUCCAGCAGGCGGUCCCGCAGAGGAGCGCGACGAUGCCGGUGUCCAGUGUGACUGGCAGCAUGAAUCCAUUCGUGCAGGGUCCAACCCAACCCCAAGGCUUCGGCCAUGCGAGCCAGCAGAGUGUAGACUUUCAAGGUUUCGCAAACAGCGGAAGACACAGUCCCGACGCCUUUUCCGGCCUCAGCGCAAGAUACAUGAGAUGA